GGUACCCUAGUCACAGUGGGAGAGGAAACAGUGCACGCUGUUUGUGCGCGCUCCCGCGCCACCACUCCAUCCCACAGUCACACACUUUGCAUCGUCCCGUUCGCUGACGGGAAACAUCCCACGGCACGCAAAGAUGACCAUCAACACUCUGGCGAGAGGAGGCUCGCACCGGGAACAAAUGACAUGCUUUCGCAAGAUGGAGAAGGUGAUCGUGGCCAUGCAGGACCCUGAUAUGGGCGUCAAGAUGAGGAACCAGAGGCUCCUUAUAACGGUCAUUCCGCACGCCAUGACAGGCCGUGACAUCAUCGAGUGGCUCGGUCACAAAUACAACAUAUGCGAAGAAGAGGCUCUGCAUCUGGGUGGCAUGCUGGUGAGGUAUGGCUACAUGUACCCUCUCAAGGAGCCACGAUCCCUGGUGCUGCAUCCCGAUGAGACGCCUUACCGCUUCCAGACCCCUUACUUCUGGACCAGCACUCGGUGGCCUGCCUCUGAGCUGGACUACGCGAUCUACUUGGCUAAAAAGAACAUCAGAAAACAAGGAGAGCUGAUGGAAUAUGAAAAGGAGCGGUACAGUUUGUUGCACAAGAGGAUCAACCACACCUGGGACUUUGUGGUGAUGCAAGCCAGAGAGCAACUCAGAGCAUCCAAACAAAGGCGGAAGGCGGACCGUAUUGUUCUAGAGUGUCAGGAGCAGGCGUACUGGCUCAUCAACAGACCCCCGCCUGGCGUGCCUAAUGUGCUGGACAUGGGACUUGCACGGCCAAAAAACUCCAAUUUACAAGUUGUGCUGAAUAGUGACUACUACAAAAGAGAGAUUGAUACGUGUAAGAGGGCCCUGGGAAGAAACCGUGUCAAGUCAUCCAUCUGCCUGGAAGGUUUCGUGAAAUUCAGCGAGCAGUACCAGACCCACGACCCCAUAAUGCAGGGUUGUCUUCCCAGUAACCCCUGGAUCUCUGAUGACACCGCACUUUGGAGCAUGAAUGCGGAAAUGGUGCCCGUCCCCACUCGUCUCCGUGUGGAACGCUGGAGCUUCAGCUUCAUGAAACUUCUCAAUGACACCAUGGGGAGGCGUGAAUUCAUGACUUACCUUGAGAAAGAGUUCAGCGCUGAGAACUUGUGUUUCUGGCAGGCCUGCGAGGACAUCAGGCAUGGAGAAAGUUCCAAGAUGGUGGAGAAGGUGGGAGAAAUGUACAAAAACUUCCUGGCCCCUGGAGCUGCUCGCUGGGUGAACAUUGACAGUAAAACCAUGGACAAGACCUUAGAGGGCCUCCAACAGCCGCAUCGCUUUGUCAUGGACGAUGCACAGCUGCACAUCUACUUCCUCAUGAAGAAGGACUCUUAUCCCAGAUAUCUUAAAUCCGACCUUUACAAGAACAUGCUAGCCAGAGCUAUCAUUCCGCAGGAGACAAAGAAAAGCGUGUUCCCCUUCAUGAGGCGACAACGCCACUCCAGCCCCUCCCCCGCUCAGGCCGCCACCCACGAAGACGGGCACGCCCCAGGGUCCUGCGGACAGGCGGGUACCAGCUCCGCGGCCGUCUGACGCCUGACCGAAAAAGGCAUAAAAAAAAACCCACACCGUGGUUUCAGUUUGUGUUAGUGGUCGCCGUAGUAACGAUCAAAGAAGGUAAACUAUGCAACGACUGACGCUUCUGUCUCUGUCGAAUAAAAACACAUAACAGGGUCUUUCCAGAGCAAGUCGUAUUCCCAAAGCACCAGCAGUUAGCAAAAGUAUUUAUUGUUAGUCCCCUAAAAGCUUGUUUUGGGCUUUAAAUUGAUUGACUCUUGACUCAUUGGUCUCCAUCCAUUUGACUGAUUUUAUGGGAAAUGGUAGUUCCCAAAGCAAUAUAGGUGUACAUUUUAUGUCUCGGCAUGUUCGUGUGUAUUAUUGAUGCUUUUCUUCAUUCUAGGCUGUCAUAUCUGCAAUAAAAUUAUCAUGAUGAGAGACAAGAAGACAAAUGUUGUCAUUUGACUGAUUUUAUGGGAAAUGGUAGUUCCCAGAGCAAUAUAGGUGUACAUUUUAUGUCUCGGCUUGUUUCUGUGUAUUAUUGAUGCUUUUCUUCAUUCUAGGCUGUCAUAUCUGCAAUAAAACUAUCAUUAUGAGAGACAAGAAGACAAAUGUUGUCAUUUGAUUGAUUUUAUGGGAAAUGGUAGUUCCCAGAGCAAUAUAGGUGUACAUUGUGUCAUUUUAUGUCUCGGCAUGUUUCUGUGUAUUAUUGAUGCUUUUCUUCAUUCUAGGCUGUCAU